GCUGCUGAACGGCUGCGUCCCGCUCUCCCACCAAGUGGCCGGGCACAUGUACGGCAAGGAUAAAGGGGGUAUACUGCAGCAUCCAGAUGGCACAGUCUUGAAGCAAUUGCAGCCACCGCCUCGGGGUCCCAGAGAACAAGAGUUCUACAACAAGGUUUAUGCUGCUGACUGUUGUGACAGUGUUCUUCUAGAGCUGCGGAAAUACUUGCCAAAAUAUUUUGGCAGCUGGUCACCACCUACUGCACCUAAUGAUCUAUACCUAAAACUGGAAGAUGUGACCCGUAAAUUUAAUAAGCCGUGUAUAAUGGAUGUGAAAAUAGGCCAGAAAAGUUAUGAUCCAUAUGCUUCAGCUGAGAAGAUUCAACAACAGGUCAGCAAGUACCCACUAAUGGAAGAAAUUGGGUUCUUGGUGCUAGGCAUGAGGGUUUACCAUAUUCAUUCCGACAGUUAUGAGACACAAAACCAGCACUAUGGAAGAAGCUUAACAAAAGAAACAAUAAAAGACGGAAUGUCCAGGUUUUUUCAUAAUGGGUACUGCUUGAGAAAAGAUGCUGUUGCUGCCAGUAUUCAAAAGAUUGAAAAAAUCUUGCAGUGGUUUGAGAGCCAGGAGCAGCUUAACUUCUAUGCAAGUUCAUUACUGUUUGUUUAUGAAGGUUCAUGUCAGCUGACAGCCACAAGGUUGGGUGAUGGCACUUUAGCAGAGAAGAGAGUAGUGCCUAAAGGACUGUUACAAGAUGGAGACUUACUGGAGUAUAAUAAUAAUAUUCAUGUAAUAAAUUCUACAGAGAAUGGAAAAAUAGAGGCCUCUGUAGGUAAAAGCUUGCCUAAAAUUUAUGCAUUUCACAAAAAGGCAUAUUCAAAGAGGCACCACAGUCAGAUCUCACUAAAAACCGAAAACCUGGAGCAAGACAAUGUAUGGAAAAGCAGCACUUGCAUUUCCCAAGAACAUCUAAAUGGAAAUGUUAUACCCCAACUGGAAAAGGUUUUCUGCCAUAUGCCCAAAGAGAUGAAGGAAAAUGCAGAUGUAGAAGUCAAAAUGAUAGAUUUUGCUCAUGUGUUUCCUAGUAACACAAAGGACAAGGGCUACAUUUAUGGUCUGAAGAAUUUAAUUACUGUACUUCAAAAUAUUUUGGAUAACUAAAUUCUUUGUUAUGGAUUUUAGUGGGGGCCAAUGAUAACGAAAAGCAACAACAUAAAGAAUUUCUGCUCUUGUAAUGCUGUAUAACUGGGUUUGUAUUGUUCUACUACAUUUUAUUUGUCUUUGUACUUUUGGUAGAAGGGUUUAACUUUUUAUACUCUUACUCAGGAAAAUUAAUUGGUAGUUGAUUAGUAAAGUAUGAAAGGAUACAAUUUUUAGGAAGUUCAAGAAGUGGUGAUAGUGGAUAUCUGAAUUAAUGUAAUGAAACAUGCUUUGCCCAAAUCAAAGGAAAAGUGCUAUCUCAGAGUUAAUGAUUGAGGUAGCUCCCCAUAACUGCUUUAGGUUAGAUGAUGUCUGUCCACCUAGCCUUGACACUGAGCCAUAUCUAAAUUAACAGGUUGUUGGAAGAUAGGCAGAAAACUAGAAAGCCUAGGCUGAUGUCCUCAGUAUUGCCCUCCGUGAUUACUACAUUGUUAAAACUGGAGUAACCCUACUUUGAGAGAAAUCCUAUUUACAUGCUGAAUUCUAAUUUAGCAACCAGCAUAUCAAGUGGUGCUUCUUAAAGAAAUGGCAUGAUAUUGCUGCAUUCUAAAAACUGGUAGGAGCUUCCCCUUUCUCAUGGGUAGCCCUUAAUGUAAGUUCAUAGUCGACAGGCUACAAUGUAAUUAAUGUGUAAGUGCUAUUGAAAUGCUGGACUAAAGAAUCAUAAAUGAAAAUGACUUUAAUUGUAUAUUUGCGUGAGAAGUCUUUAUGUUUUAAAAGGAAAAAGAAAAAUCUAGAAAUCUCAUCUUGUAUUUGAUGUAAAAUUCCUAAGCCUGUUCAGGUUGUCUUUCUGCCAUUGUGAUUAAAUGGAGAACUGGAGAACUUCCAUCAUAUUCCUUUCUUCUAAAAAUGACAUCAUAGCAAAAAAAAGCAAAACAAAACGUGGCAUUUUUAAAAGGAACAUUUAUUACAUAUUGUGAUUUCCUCUGCCUGUUGGUUUUAUUUAUUUAUUAUUUUUUAUUAAAUGUUCAGAGUUCCUCUGUAGGGCAGUGCCUAAUAGAAGCCAUGAGUGGGACAUGCAGAGGAGCCCUUGUAACUGUAAGACCAAAUUUAACCCGUGUGUAAUCUGGUACGGUUUCAUUCACUUCACUAGAGUUGUACCUUACUUACACCAGGGCUAAAUUUGAUCCUUAUUACUGACACACAAGCAAGCUAUGUAAUUUGAAAGCAAAUUUGUUUUUGUGUACAGGCAAAAUAAAGAUUCAUAUGCAUUAGUUUUGUGAUGGAACGUCCAAGUAUAUUUUGCGUGCCCCUUUAGGUGCUGUUUAUGCUGCUGUCCUAAAUUGCAUACAUAGUCAGCAGUGUGAGAUGCUUAGAAUGUUGUGGUACAUGGUGUGAAAGAUGCUUUAUGCUGAAG